AUGCUCGCGGGCGUUGAUCCCGCGACGAUGAAUUUCCCAUUCCCAUACCCUUACGAGGACGACGACAUGAGUUCGGCCGCUCAGUCGAUGCUGGAUCCCUCGGCGGUGAUGACUAUGACGAUGACAGCGGAAGAUGUACUCCUCCCGAGGUCGCAAUGGCCUGUUCCCAACGCGUUUUCGUUCCAACAACCAAGACCACAGCAACGAAACCGAUCCCAAUCCCAAUCCCAAGAGCAAGUUCAAACAUACCACCGCCAAAAACAGCAACACCAAUGGCAUGAAAAGUUAGACUCACACGUCCCCUCUCCUCCUUCUUCUUCUGCAUCUUCUUCUCCCUCUCCAGCCUAUCCCUCCACAGCCACUACUGCGUACAAAAGCGAGACCUCUCGCUGGCGCGCCCUGGUCGCCCGAGACGCCCUUGCGACGGACGCGUUUGUCUACGCCGUCAUCACCACCAAGAUCUACUGCCGGCCCAACUGCAGCGCGCGGCUGGCUCGACGCGCCAAUGUGCGGUUUUUCGACCUCGCGCAGCAGGCGGAGCGAGGCGGGUUCAGGGCGUGUAAGCGGUGCAAGCCGAACAGUCGGGCCAAGUCCGCGCGUGUGGUUGAGGGUGUCUCGUCAUCGGCGGCGUCUUCAUCUUCUUCUUCGUCUUCACCAGAGGCUACUCCCACGCCCGGUUCGGCGUCCGGUGCAGAGGCGGAACUCGUGGCUUGUCGGAAUAUCGCGCCCGCAUCUGCAUCUGCAUCUGCAUCGGCUGAGACGAGUCCGGAGCAAUACGGCGAUGCAAAUACUGGCACGGGCACUGCCAGUGCCGCUGAUUACGGUGUGGAACUGGAAGAGGACAUCCACACCAAAAUCGACCGCGCCGUCCACCUCGUCCGGCAAGCAGCGUCGGCAUCCGAAAACCCCCAACCCCUCAGCCUCUCGCAGCUGUCCGCGCAGGUCGGGCUGAGCAAGUGGCACCUGCAGCGCGUGUUCAAGAAACUCCAGGGCGUCACGCCGCGCGAGAUGGCCGAGGAGAUUAUUCGGGCGAAGCAGACGACGAGCACGGUGUUGGGGGUGUCCUUGGCCGCGCAUGCCGUCUCUGAUGAGAAGGAGAUGGAGGAGGAGGGGGAGUGGUAUGCUAGUGGACUAUCCGCGUCCAGACCUUCAGACAUCAAUGUGGGAUAUGGACUCGCACAGCCACCGUCGCUACCUCUGCCACUGCCGCUGCUGGAUAGUACUGGUACCGGUGCCGGUCUGGACUGGUUCGACGAGGACGCCCUCUUUGACUCUCACUACAACCAACCACAGUACCAGCACCAGCAGCACCAGCAGCACCAGCAGCAGGAAGAGGAACAACUACCAUUACCAGUACCGGUGCCAGUGCCUUUCGCGGAUUGUGCUCGCCAGACUUUGACGAUGCCGAUGGAUCUGGAUAUGGAAAUGGACAUGGUGUGGGGGAUCGAUAUGGAUAUGGACAUGGACCUCAAUCUCCACGCUGCGUCCGAAGUGGAGGGUCUCCUGAAUGACCUGUUCCCGGAGAUCCUUGUGUAUUGA